AUGAUUGACGUCGUCAAACCGAGCCUUCGUUUGAUAAGAUUGCUUUACAAGACGUACAACAACAGAGACAUUUCCAACGUAUGUGACUUCGAAUUAGAAUACGGGUUGCUAUGUGGAGAGGAUAAUAUCCUCCAUUUGGCGUGCUAUAUUUGCCAGGAGCUAGAGCUCCUCACAGGUACAAAUGAUGGCGCGAUUCAAGACGGCGCUCUAAGAACUCCAUCUAUCGAUGAUGUAAAGCUACUUCUAGCACAAUUCGGUAAAGUUAAAGCAAUAAAGAAUGUCAUCGCCUUGCAGACUACGCAGAUUUAUGGGAUAACAAGGAGGAACUCAUUGAUGAUACCAGGGGUUCUUCUGAAUGAACUAACCAGUCGUCGUAUCGAGGCAAAACGCUCGUACAUAUCGUCGAUUUGUUCCAAAGAGUUUUACACUGACCCCUUGUGCAACAGCGAUGUUGUAAACCUGCUGAAGAAACACGAGCUUGUUGCAAACGUCGAAGAAGUAAACGAGGAUACUGUAUUAAAAGUACUUGAUUCGAUAGAUGAUAAGUUACUCAACAACGACGGCGUGUUUCAGGAGUAUAUGCUGGCAGAUGAGACCGUGAACGCCAUCAGGAUACUAUCUAGCAGCCUGUGUGAUGAAUAUAACGAACGGUGGAAUUUGUAUCUUGUACGCUUUGACGCCCUCCUCAAGGUGUUCCUUCAAUCCAAAAACCUUAAGGACAAUGAAGCCUUGCGUACACUGCUGAUUGUAAUCCACCACUGGCGUAAUGCUGGCAACACUAGGUUUAAAAAGUUCAACAUCUACGAUAUCUAUAACGCAAGCGGUGAUAUUCUUGAAGUUCGAAAAGCAUAUGAUGGCUCUCCUCCAGUGGAUCUCGUUAAUCUUUACUCCGAGCAUUCUGCAGUGCCACCAGAAGGGCAGUUAACGUCUUUCAUUAAAAGGGUACAAAUAUCUGAGCCGACCCACCGGCUUGGGAUACCUGAAGCUUUUUCCACGAAAAGGUUUUUCAAAAAAUUUUCCAAACAUUAA